AUGACGUCCGAGAAGCCGAUCAUCGUCAUCAUCUCCGGGGCAUUCCAUAAGCCAAUCCACUACUGCAAGAUCUCCAAACUACUGCAGUCCGAUGGCUACGAAGUGCUGGAAGUCAGUCAUAUCGUCUGCGGGGACAAGGUCGACCCAGAGAAGACAUUCUUCGACGAUGCAGCAGAGAUUCGCAAGAAGCUAAUCCCUCUCUCCGACCAAGGCCGACAUGCUGUUAUCAUGUCGCACAGCUACGGAUCGCUCCCAGCCACGGCAUCUGUGGAGGGCCAAACUGUUAUAGAACGCGCUGAAAGGGGGCUUGUUGGCGGCAUCGUCGCCGUCAUUAGCAUCGCUGGCUUCGUGUUCCCUACUCGGGGAAAGGGUAUCAUGGGAGACGACCAAAUUGUCCCGCCGCCGCCCUACCACAUUGUCCAGGACGGCAUAUCUCAUCUCCAAAAUAGUGCCAAACCGCUCUUUUUCAGCAAUCUAACCCCUGAAGAAGCCGACGUCGAAUGGGCCAAGAUAGAGACGAAGCAAACGCGGAAGAGUAUCACUGAUUUCCCACAGUACAUGGAGUCGGAGAUUCGGUGUCCGAAGACUUAUAUUCUGUUCGAGCAAGAUCAGGCCGUCCCACCUGCGUUCCAGGAGCAGAUGGCUCGAUUGGGGGGAUUUGACAUCGCCCGAGUAGAUUCUGGUCAUGCACCGUUCUUGAGCGUUCCUCAGGAUGUAUUGGCGGUGGUGAGAAAGGUUGCACAGUUUUUUGCUUGA